AUGGGGAGGAUCAAGAAGGCUGCCACGGAGCGGCAUAUGGCCACGCUGUCGCCGUUCGUAAAGGACUUCGUCAAGCAAGCGACGGAGGUACCGCUAUGCCAGCUACCUGCACUGCUGGAUAGUUUUCCGCAAUACUGGCCGCUGCCGCGUGGCGAUCUCUACCACUGGAUCCCACUAUUGGACCGGUUCGACCACAUACUCGAGCUCUUCAUCAAGGACUAUGCUCUGAAUGAAGGACCUCAGAUGCAGCCGUUCGAGCGGCGACUGCUGCAAAAGGGUGACGCCGAAGAGGGCAUGCCAUACCCAUCGACUGGAUCAACGAGUGAGGAGCUUGAUGGUCAGGGCUAUUCCACAGAAGGCGAUAGGGAACUGGUACAGUCGACACUGCAUUUCACUCGGAUACUGCUCGAGCAUUGCGGGAAUCGUAGCCUGUACGCCAGUAGCACGCAUAUCAACGACUUGCUCCACACCACAUCCCUGAGCUUGCUGCGGCAAUGUCUCAAGCUGAGCCUACGGCUUGCCCAGCGGUAUCAAGUCGCGCGAUACAAGAACCAUCACCCAAGUGCUCAGGCCAUCCUUCUAUCCAACCACUACAACAUCAACCUGGACAAUCUGCACAAGAUCGCGCAGCCAUUCCCCAGGCCCUACAACUCAGGUGCACCCUUGGGCCAGACCCCAGGCAAGGGUAAGGAUAAAGCUGUUCAAACAGCAACUUUCAACCCAUCAGACCUGGUCGUAAUUGCGAAGGAGCACAUAUCGCCUGCAGUGAGAAGUGAGAUGUCGAGUGUUGCAAUGAGUUAUUACGAGCAGCCGGCAGCCACAUCCCAACAAGCUCCAGGUCAAGGGCCGGCUCAACUCCCAAGCGAGGCAUCACCGUCUACCCCAACACCCAGCAGGAGAACUUCAAACCUCGGACCUUCGCGAGAUCGGCCUUCGCCUGGUGACAGAAGCGUGAGCGCGAACGAUGUGUCGAGUACUCCAUCCAAGUCACGCGAGUCCGAUAGCUCGUCCAAUGCGCCCAAGUUGUUCCACAUCCCAGCCAGCAAAGUUGCAGAGACACCAGCCUGGCAACUUGUGAAGGAGGCAGUCCCCAACAUGGCAUCAGAGAUGCGAUACGAGCUUCUGAAUCGCAUUCGUAUUGCCAAGGCGUUCGCCUCGCAGGAGGUGAGCAACCAAGAGAUCCUGGAGAUCCGCCUGUUCGCAAUUGCAAACCUCGCAUUUGCCCUCACAGAAUCGAAAUUCCAAGAGAGAGUGGGCAUUCCUGAUCAAGAAGAGCCUCGUCGGUUUCAUCUGGCCCACCAGCUCUGCGAUCUCCUCCAACCGGCGACGAAUGGCCAAACCGCUCUGACAUUAUCGACCGAGACUACCGCGAUCAUGACACUAGAUGCGCUAUGCAAGAGUCGACACAAAGCCGCUGAAGUGGCCGAAGCUCUUGCUAUCUCUCUUAACCAUGGAGUACUGUAUUAUGAGCUGCGCAAGGUCAUUAGCACCCUGAACGUAGAAGAGCAUGCCGACAAGCAUGCUGAGCUUCAGGAGGCGGAGUGGCGCGAGUCAACCUUCGAUCUCAUCAACAGUCUUUUGUCGUCCAACGCUCAGGCCAGAUACGGCGAGAAGAUGGUGUCUGCUGGCAUCAUGGGCAUCUUGGUGGAAGCACUCAGUCUUCGCACCGCUCGAGCCGAGAAGUUCCACGAGCGGGUGUUGCAGUUUUUCGACACUUUUAUCCAUGGAGUGACAACCGCGUUCCAGACACUGGCCAGCGUGAAGGGUCUCGAUAUCAUCGCCGAUCUCACAGCAUAUGAGGUGGAUGCUGCAUUGGACAACGCUCGCAACGGCAAUGGGCUACCGUUUGAGUACAAGUCAAAGGUAGUUGACUACGAUAUCCCAUUCUAUCAGCAAUCCACGCUUCGUCAGCUGUUCAAGAACACUGGGCAUAUGUUCGAACACAAUGCCGGUAGCCACGAUCGACUUUUGCGGAACCUGAUCGACACACCGCAGAUCCUAGGCUCACUACGCAAGGUCAUCGAGAAUGCAAGAGUCUUUGGCUCGAAUGUCUGGGGAGGCGCUGUCACUAUUGUGACGCAGUUCAUCCAUCACGAGCCGACAAGCUAUCAAGUCAUCGGUGAAGCUGGCCUUAGCAAGGCAUUCUUGGAGUCGAUUACCGAGCAGAAGGUGCCAGACGAGCUGCCCUCUCUGGACGACUUUGUGCCUACACAAGAACCACACAAGCUCGAGCUCACUGCAGACGGCGAGCCUUCAUAUCCCACCGUGCGCGGGAUCCUUCCUGUCGGUGAGGUCAUGAAUGAGAUCCCAGCAGCUUUUGGCGCCAUCUGCCUUAACGAGAAUGGAAUGCAGCUUUUCCAGGUGUCUGGCGCCUUGAACAAGUACUUCGACAUUUUCUUGUCUCCCACGCAUGUCCGUGCAAUGGAAGACGAAGGCCAGACAGCGGCUUCGGUGGGCAGCUCCUUUGAUGAGCUUGCCCGACAUCACCCGCGAUUAAAGGCUCAGAUCAUGGCCGCUGUGCUCAACAUGCUGAGACGUCUGCGCGAUCUGUGUGACAUUCUGGCAGAGAAGCAGCAAUCUGGUGCAAAGCUCUGGGUGAAUCAGGAUGGAAAGCUUGCCAUUGCUGGAGGUCUGGCUGCGCUCAAGGGGCCUACUACUUCGGAUUACGAGCAAGCACGGAUUGGAACAGCAGAUUUUCUACCAACGAAGGGGUCUGAGCCACUGGAGGAUUCAAGCGACGAGGAUCCGUGGGACCAUGCACCUUCCGUCCCAUUCAUCAGCGCCUUGUUCAAGUUCUUGGAAGGUUUCUUCCAAAACAACAGCAUGUGCGCGCUAUUCUGCGAAGAAUCAGGUGCAGAGAUUCUGCUGGAUCUUGCCACGUCACCAAGUGUACCUUAUGAUCUGGUGGCAUUCCCACUGUUCAACAAAGUCACGGCAGUAUUCAAAGUCAUGUGCGAGGUCCGAGGACAUCUGGUUCUUCCAAGCAUCAUUCGACGCACACAGCAUGCGAGUCUUGGUGUAAAGGACCUCAUCUCCAGCAAGAGCCAAACCAGCUCAUUCGAGUCUUACACAAACCUCGCCGAACCUACGCAAUCACCUUUCCCGGACGGUCGUGACGCUACCACGGUGGUUAAGGGCCUCGUGAAUACGCAUUUGCUCACGCACAUUCUGGGUAGGGUUUUGUCGGCCCCAGGCUACACGUUGCGCCACAGCAAUCAAACGCACCUCCUUUUCCAUCACUUCAACCUCACAGAGGUCUACAUUGAGCUGAUUGACGAGCUCUGCAAACUCCAUGCCGCAUGUGUCUGGGAAGGUCUGCUCCUCAUGCGUAAGCUGUCUGAGGAGGAAAAGGCCGAGACUGAGCCUCGUCCUUUCGUGAUGCGCCGCAUCGAUGCCAACGGAAUUGUCGAGCAUGCAGACAAGCGAGAUUUGGAGGCAAGUCGCCGCAACAGCAACGGUGCGAAUGGUGAGACAAAGGAGACGAAGAGCCGAGAGGAGCUGCUCAGCCGCAAGAAUCUUCGAACGAUUCGAUACUUGGUCAGCCAAGUUCCCAUGGGCAUUGAAUCCUUCUUCCACUCUCUCGGCCAAGCGAUCGUAUCCAAGCGACUGGAGAGCUCUACUAAGCAGCAUGCGAUGCUUGUUGCCGACCACUUGGCGAAAGCUCUGAUCUGGGAACUCGACUUCCGUAGGAACGGGUCGGAUGACGAGGCUCUAGAGAUGCGGUACGCGGCAGGCAUGCUGUCAAUGUUCAGUCGCAUGCUUCUGCGCGCUUCGUAUUCUGGAGAGACAAUCAACAGCAAGGAGGCACUGGUCAUGGUCAUGGUUAGAUUCUACGUCGCUGGCGGCUUCGCCAAGAUGAACGAGUACCUCGACCGCUUCAUUCAGCUCCUCGUGAAGCAGGGUGGGCACGAGAACGCCGACAGCCAUGUCAAAGACGCCAUCCAGGCGAUCCUUAUGUUCUACGCUCAAGUCGUGCGGACCAAGUGUAUCAACGAGACGCCCCAGGCGCAGUUCAUGCUGCAGCGAGAGAAGACCCAGCCUGACUUUUUCCAGCCCGGCCAAUUCGUGGUUGAAGUCAGAGAUGCGGUCCUACCUGCCGUCAGCAAGAUAUGGCAUUCAACAGAAGUAGAGAAGAUCGGCAAUCACAACAUGAGAUUCGUUGUCGACAUCCUACGUCUGAUCCUCAAAGCUGAAGGCGAAGAUCGAGCACUGCGUCGCAACGAACGCAUUAAUCGUCACGUCUACGCUUCAAAUCCAGUGUUUGGACUUCGCAGUCUCGAUGGCUUUCAAAAGUUGCACAAGGAACUUGGAUACGAUCCCCAGCUCAGUCGAGAAGCGCUUUAUCGCUGCAACAACAACGUCUCAAAUGCAGAGGCAUACUGCAAGCUACGGGCCAAAGACCAUCGUGUCCCGAGAUUUCCCAUUCGUGGAGACUCAGACCUCACUGUUACCGGCUCAUCGGCCCCAGGGGCCAGAUCCAGCCAUGCAGAGGCCGCUGCCACUCAGUCAACAUCGGACAGCAGACCUGACGUGGAGAUGUCCGGGGCCUCAGGUGAAGACGGGAACUCUGUCGACAUGGAGGAUACAAAUGGUGGCUUGCACACAGAAGAGAUCACUGUGGACGCAGGCGGUGCCCCUCGCCUUGUUCUGUCGUCAGACAAUGAUGGUAUCUCGGAAGACGAUGACGACGAUACAGGCACUCUCGGCCGCCUACCCGCGGACUUGCAGACAGAGGAUCUAAGCGCAAUGGUGGAUCAACGCAUGAUCGAUAUAGUGAAUCCUUCAGUCCCUCGAGGCACUCGGGAUACCAAGCAGCCGUAUGUGACGCUGGAUGAUCUUGACGACAAGCGCAAGGCCCUCCGCGAUGAUCUCAUUGAGCGUUGCCUUGAGGUCCUUAGCACGUAUCCUGGCAUCACCUUCGAGCUUGCGGACCUGAUUCAAGCAGCUGUGGCGAAGGCAGGAGAAGGCGCAAACCCACGUGCGGACAUUGGAACCACGUUGGUGUCUUCGCUCAUGUCCCUCCAAGCUGAGGAGCUGAGCCAAGAGUCAGGGCGCAAGAUUCACGCCUAUGCUCAUCUUGUUGCACUGAUUCUCCAAGACCGCGACUUCUUCGACUCAACUCUCGAUGACUUGAAGGAGUACUUUGAGGCUCUUGUCAACUGGGUUCAAUUGGAGCCUGAGCAGAAGACAGAAGAUGCUCCAUGGAUUGAGAUGGUCCUGCUCAUCAUCGAGCGUGUUCUGGCAGAAGACGAGCAGCCCAUCGACGUCGCUUGGGAGGCUCCACCAGCCGACAACCCUCUAAAGCCCAUGCCACAGCCGUCGAUUCCAGAGCCUGUUGUGCCAGCAGAGCUGCGCUCGCAGCUGUUUGAUGCCCUGAUCGACCUUUUGCCCAAGAUUGGCAAGAACUCGACACUGGCGCUAUCCGUUGCGCGCGUGUUGGUUGUUCUUUCGCGGAGACGUGCACUGGCCGGAAAGCUGAGCGACAAGCACACCAUGGGUCGUCUGUUUCUGAUGAUUCGACAGCUGGCUGGUGGCGUGGAUGAGAAGCUUCGCGGCUCAUUCAUGCUCAUCUUGAGGCAUAUGGUUGAGGACGAGGAGUCCAUACGUCAGACCAUGCGAGCUGAAAUACGUGUUGCGUUCGAGAACUCUCGCUCGGCUCGAGGAAUGGACACGACGGCUUACACCCGCAACCUCUAUCAUCUCGCUCUUCGAAACCCUGACAUCUUCGUAGAAGUCACGCAGGAGAUGCUGGAGAUUGCGCGAUUCGAUGGUCAUCCUCAUCGCCCUCAACACCUCAACUUGAAGAGAAACACUACGACAACCGCCACUGCAGAACAUCAAAGCAACGGCAACGGCAACGAUGCCGGUGAAACUGCCGAGGCGACUGUUGAAGGCGAGGAACAGCAGGUUCAGAAGGCAGAGCCUAAAAUGCCGGUGGUGGAGACCACCGACGGCGUUGUUCAAUUCUUGCUGAGAGAAUUGUCCAACUACAGAGACGUCGAGGACAAGCCUCCUCAGCCACCCAAGGACACGUCGACCGACAAGCCUAACAAUGAUACUUCGACUACAUCGACUGCAUCGACUGAUGUUGAGAUGGCAGAUGCGCCAACUGCGGACCGCCCCACGGCACAGAGAGCACGCGAGCUUGCGAACAAAGUCAAGUCGGUGUUCAAGCCUGAAGACCAUGCCAUCUACAUUUACCGGUGCUUCAUUCUUCAGUGCUUGGCUGAGCUCCUCGCUUGCUACAACAAGACGAAGAUUGAGUUCAUUAACUUCUCGCGCAAAUCAGAGACGCAGCCAGCGACGCCCUCGAAGCCACGAGCAGGCACCCUCAAUUACCUGCUGAACGUGCUGUUGCCAGUGGGUACACUUGAGCACCGCGAUGACCUCAACCAUCGCAAGCGGCAAGCGACCGCAAACUGGGCGUCGAUUGUUCUGGUUUCGUUGUGCAGCAAGACGUCGGAGCGGCUCGCGACUAAUACUCGCACACUUGAUGCAAACGAGUUCGCAGAGCUUGAGCCUGAGCUCACCUUCGUCCGCAAGUUCGUCCUCGAGCAUGCUCUGCGAGCUUUCAGAGAUGCUUUGACAUCGGCAGAUCCACUCGACGAGCGUUAUUCUCGACUACUCGCGCUUGGCGAUCUCUUCAAUCGAAUGCUGGACGAGAAGCCUGACCUUCAGCGAUCAAAUGUGGUCGCAAUCGGUCAGCAUGCUUCAAACCAGCACAUGGGCAGACUAAUGUACGAGAAGAACUUCAUUGGCGCACUCACAUCUGCCAUUGCUGAGCUGGACCUCAACUUCCCCAACGCCAAGCGGGCUGUCAAGUACAUCUUGACGCCACUCAAGCAGCUCACCGAUUUGGGUGUCGCGUUGAGUCAAACAUCGGACAUAUCUUCUGGCGUUACGACUAGUGGAGAUGACGAUGAAAUAUCUUCAGCCACCUCAUGGUCUGAAGAGGACGAAGACGAUCGCGAACAGACGCCUGACAUGUAUCGCGAUUCAUCCCUUGGUCUCUUGGAUCCCCCAGGUGAUGAUGAUGAGUCUGACUCGGAGUCUGAAGAUGAUGACGACGAUGAGAUGGAUUACGACGGCUACGACGAAGAGAUGGACUAUGAAGAAGAGCCGGACCAUGAUGAAGUUGUCAGCGACGAAGACGAGGACAUCGAUGGGAUGGGCGAGGUCGAGGGUGUCCCAGGCGACGUUGAGAUCGAAGUCGACAUGAUGAUGGACGACGAGGACGAUGAGGACGACGACGAUGAUGACGAUGAUGAGGACGACGACGAUGCGGACAUGGGUGAUGAUUUCGUUGACCAUAUGGACGAAAUCACCGGAGAUGACGAGAAUGCUAGCAUGGGCGAUCACGACGAUGACGACGGCCAUUGGGACGAUGAUGGUCUUGACUUCGACGAUCAGGCGCCUCCAGAUGAUGGCGGCUCUCCACAUGGAGGGCCUCUUGAGCACAUUGCGCACGUCAUUGGUGCCGAUGAUCCAUCUGACCCCGACGAUGCAGACGGCAUUGUGCGCAUCGAUAUUGGCGACGGUGAAGAAGAGUUCUUUGAAGACGAAAUGCCGCCUGAAGAUGAUGACGACGAUGAGGAAGACCAAUUCGGCGAAGACAUUGUCUACGAGCCUGAGAUGGACGAUGAGGAAGAAGACAACGACGGUGGAUGGGCUUGGGAUACACAACCCCCUGCGAUCCUACGACAACCUCACCAUCAUCAUCACCACGUCCAUCACCAUCACAGAGGCAUCAACGAAGUCUUUGGCAUGUUGGGCGGUGAUCUGCGGCCGACACACUUCCGCACUCAUCGUUCGACCCCCAACACCCGAGAUGAGGAUGGCAUUAAUCCACUUCUCCAACGCGGCAACGGCGCUGCUCGAGAUCGUGAGUUCGGCGAAAUGCCGGCACGAUUUCCGGGACGCCGAACAUUCCUGCCUCGUCAUGGCGAGCACAUUCUGCAAGACGUCCUCGCCCAUGUCGGUUCCAAUGGUCCUGGCAUCAUCAACGUCAAUCUUGAUCGAGGAGCGCUGCAUGAUCUUGGACAACUUCCGCCCAUGUUUGCAGUACAGCAUGGCCAUGGUAUACCACGCCCGAUGAUCGACUAUGAGAAUGACAUGAGGAGAACGAUCGCGUCAAAUUGGCCCAACAUUCUGCCCGGAGGCCGACUUCUCGACCGUGCAGGGGGAAUGACUGACGAGGUCCAAGCCAUCGAAUUCAGGCCAAAUCAGACUGCCAACCGCUGGCAAGAAGAGGCUCGCAUGCUUUUCCCUGGUCGGUACCACGACAAGGCCACUCGUCUCAUCGCAAGCGUCUUGCGUGCACUUGUGCCAGCAGCAAUGGAAGCGAAGCGCUCUCAUGAGAAGCAAGAAGAAGAGCGCCGUAUUGCUCAGGAGAAAGCAGCGGAAGAAGAACGCAAGAAGGCCGAAGCAGAGAAGGCAGAGCGUGAGGAGCAAGAGAGAAAGGAGCGUGAGGAGCGUGAGGCCAGAGAGCGAGAGGAAGCAGAGGCACGCGCUCGUGAAGAAGCCGGGCGUGUAGCACAAGCUGAACCAGAAGCCCAAGAGUCCACUGGCAUGGAGGGCGUUGAAGAGUCGCAACCAGGACCGGAGGCCCAAGCUUCCUCGGAGUCCACUCAGACGGCUCAAGAUCCGCCGGCAGAGCGUAUCACGAUCUCUAUCCGCGGUCGUGAGCUCGACAUCACUAGCCUUGGCAUCGAUCGCGAGUACAUUGAAGCUUUGCCUGAAGAGAUGCGUGAAGAAGUCAUCAUGACCCAAUUCGCAGAGCAACGUUCUCAACAAGCCGAAUCUGGCGAAGGCCCCAGCGAGAUCAGCCGAGAGUUCCUCGAAGCACUACCUCGCGACAUUCAACAAGAGCUCAUUCGAUCCGAGCAGAUGGAGCGACGCCGACGAGAGCGGGACGAGGCCAGGCGACGUGCUGCACAAGAAGGUGCUGCCGCUCAGCCGGAAGAGAUGAACAAUGCCGACUUCAUGGCGAUGCUCGAUCCAGGUCUUCGCCAGGCCGUUCUCAUGGACGCUGACGAUACUGUGCUAGCUGCACUCCCAGAGGAAAUGCAGGCCGAAGCACGCGCUCUUCUUGGUGAUCGCCGACCUCAUGGUGCAACCCGAGGGCUAGCUGCCCACGCUGCUCGUGGUGGACCCAAUGGCAACGUUGUUGUCGCUCGCGCAAACCAAGCCGCUAGUGAGGCCAGCAGACAGCGUCGUCCCGUGGGCCAAAUGCUCGACAAGGCAGGCGUGGCGACUCUGCUUCGCCUCAUGUUCGUCUCUCUCAACCACAAGUCGAAGACAAACUUGCACAGCAUCUUGUCUGAUGUCUGCAAGAACACCCAGAACCGUGCAGAGGUUAUAAGCAUCUUGCUUUCGAUCUUGCAAGACGGCACUGCCGAUGUCAACGCUGUCGAGAGAAGCUUUGCACAGCUGUCCCUCAGAGCCAAGCAGCCUGCCGGACCGAAGACGCCGACGCCUCUGAAGCGUAGUCUGACCGGCCAACCAAGUGUAUCCCCAAGCACCGAGCUUUCGCCUCUGAAUAUCGUUCAGCAGUGUCUCGGAACACUCAAUGCUCUUGCCAACAACAACCAGCGAGUGUCUUACUUCUUCCUCAACGAACAUGAGACGUCUACCAGCCAGAAAUCGAAGGCCAUGAAGAAGGGCAAGGGCAAGGAGAGCAAAGCCGCUAAGUUCCCCAUCAACGCUCUGCUUGCUCUAUUAGACCGCAAGCUCAUUAUUGAGAACAUCUCGGUGAUGGAGACUUUGGCUUCUUUGCUCAGCCAAAUCACUCGACCACUCACAAGCUUGCUCCGUAAGGCUAAGGAGGCACAAGAGGAAGAAGCUGCUGCAGCAGAAGCCGAAGCCAGUGCAAACGCAGAGGUGGAAGAUCGUCCAACCACUAGUGCAUCAGACGUUCCCAUGCAAGAGGCAGCCGAGGUCGAGUCGCCAGAUGCUGAAGGCGCCGAAGCAUCGACCGCUGCCGCAGAUGGUUCCGCUGGCGACAGCAAAGACGACAACAAGAAGAAGCAGAAGGACCUCAAGCCACCAGACGUCCCAGUUGAGAACAUUCGGCUGGUCGUUAACAUCCUCGCAGCCCGCGAGUGCCCCAGCAGGACGUUCAGCGACAGCCUCGACAUCAUCAAACACCUGUCUGCUAUUCCUGGUGCAAAGGAAGUCUUUGGCAAGGAGCUCAUCCGUCAAGCACAACAACUCGGCCAGGACCUUCUGACCGAUCUUCAGGAGCUUGCCAAGCAGAUCAAUACAGCCCAGACGGGUACCGACUUGCAAGGCAUGGCUCUUGCGAGCUUUUCAUCUGCUGGAUCCAAGCAGAAGAAGUUGCUCCGCGCUCUUGUCGCCCUUGAUCACCUCUUCGACCCGAAGCGCAUCCCGACUGUUCAGACAGCAACAUCGUCAAGCUCAGACGUCGACCAGAAGUUGAAGGAAGAUAUCCUGGCUACUCUGUACGAGAGCUCCACAUUUGACAAGCUCUGGAGCAACCUCAGUGCAUGCUUGACCGCAAUUCGCCAACGCGGCAACAUGGUCAAUGUUGCUACCAUUCUAUUGCCUUUGAUCGAGUCUUUGAUGGUCGUCUGCCGCAACAGCGCCUUGAAGGAGGCGCCUAGCGCUGGCACUGUGGUCUCUCCAGCAGACACUGCAGUCAGCACACCUCCGCCAGAAGCACGCAUGGAGGGUCUCUUCUUCAACUUCACUGAAGAGCAUCGCAAGAUCUUGAACGAGUUGAUCCGCAACAAUGCCAAGCUCAUGAAUGGCAAUCUCUCCGUUCUGGCUAAGAAUUCGAAGGUCUUGGAGUUUGACAACAAGCGCAACUACUUCAGCCGGAAGCUCCACGACCGUCGCUCUGAAGUGCGAAUGUCCCAGCCAGCUCUUCAGCUCAGCGUCCGCCGCGACCAAGUCUUCCUCGAUUCGUUCAAGUCGCUGUACUACAAGACUGGCCCCGAGAUCAAGUACGGGAAGCUCAACAUUCGCUUCAUAGGUGAAGAGGGUAUUGACGCUGGUGGUGUUUCGCGCGAGUGGUUCGCUGCCAUGUCGCGUCAAAUGUUCAACCCUGACUACUGCCUCUUUGUGCCAGUGGCAUCGGAUCGCACGACAUUCCACCCGAACAAGCUGAGCGAGAUCAAUGGCGAGCAUCUGCUCUUUUUCAAGUUCAUCGGACGCAUCAUUGGCAAGGCUCUGUACGAGAACCGCGUCCUUGACUGCCAUUUCAGCAGAGCGGUUUACAGACGAAUCCUCGGGAAGUCUGUAUCGCUCAAGGACAUGGAGAGUCUCGAUCUCGACUUCUACAAGUCGCUCGUCUGGAUUCUGGAGAACGACAUUACCGACGUCACCUUUGAGACCUUUUCUGAGGAUGUUGACCGCUUUGGCGUUGUCGAGACUGUGGACCUGAUUCCCAACGGCCGCAACAUUGCGGUCACCGAAGACAACAAGCACGAAUAUGUGCGCCUUGUCGUUGAAUAUCGUCUCAUCAAGUCUGUCCAGCAGCAGCUCGACAACUUCCUGGAGGGCUUCCAUGAGAUCAUUCCAGCCGAGCUGGUCUCCAUCUUCAACGAGCAGGAGCUCGAACUUCUCAUCUCUGGCCUGCCAGACAUCGAUGUCGAUGACUGGAAGAACAACACUGAAUAUCACAACUACCAGGCUACUUCUCCCCAGAUCCAGUGGUUCUGGCGUGCCGUCCGCAGCUUCGACAAGGAAGACAAGGCCAAGCUGCUGCAGUUCGUCACCGGCACGAGCAAGGUCCCUCUCAACGGCUUCAAGGAGUUGGAGGGCAUGAAUGGCUUCGCCAAGUUCAACAUUCAUCGUGACUACAGCAACAAGGAGAAGUUGCCGUCCAGUCACACUUGUUUCAAUCAACUCGAUCUUCCAGAGUACGAGAGUUACGAGCACCUCCGACAACAGCUCUACACCGCCAUCACCGCGGGAAGCGAGUACUUUGGCUUUGCCUAA